GCACAAACAGUGGAUGGCCGAUGUAGCCCUGCUGCUGACCGGCGUCCCGUGGCGACUUCCCCAGCGCCGGGACCUCCUGUCACAGGGGGCGGGGACCAUUUUUCAUCCCCACCCAAGCAGGCUGCGCCUCACGGCUUGGCCCCUGUUAGGAGCAGGCUCGUGAACAUGGGAUUGAGCGAGGCAGCUGUAAAUACUAUACAGCAUGCUCGCGCUAUCUCAACUACAAUGGCUUAUAAAGGCAGAUGGGAGGCCUUCGAGACUUGGUGUCUCGAACGCUCUCAGGACCCCCUGGUGUGCCCUGUAUCCGUAGUGCUCAACUUUGUGCAGAGCCUACUUGAUAAGGGGUUAUCUUUGUCCACGAUAAGGGGGUAUGUCUUCGCAAUUUCUGCGUGCCAUACUGGCUAUGGUGGCUCUACGGUGGCUGCCCACCCCCUGGUAAAGCGUUUUAUCCAGGGCGUCCGGUGUCUGAAACCCGUGGCCCCACCCCGUGUUCCGCAGUGGGACUUAACAGUGGUACUAAAAGCCUUGUGUAGCCCUCCUUUCGAACCACUGGAGAGCGUUGAGUGGAGAGCUUUGUCCCUUAAGGUGGCGCUGCUUACUGCGCUAGUUUCUGCUAAGCGAGUAAGCGAUUUAUGCGCCUUGUCUGUGCACCCGGACUGUCUCUCCUUUUCAGGAUCUGACAGAGUUGUGCUGAGACCGAACCCUGCGUUUACCCCGAAGGACCAUGACGAUGAGGAGGAUGCUAUGCUGCAUAAACUUUGCCCAGUGCGUGCUCUGUCGAUAUACGUACGACGUUCGCAGCCUAUUCGACAAGCAGAUCAGCUGUUUGUCUGUUAUGGUGCUGCUGCUAAGGGAAAACCUGUUACGGCACAGAGAUUUUCCCAUUGGCUUACUGACGCAAUCAACUGGGCGUAUGAGUGUAUGGGCUUGCCCCCUCUGUCGGAGGUUCGCGCCCACUCUACUCGAGGCAUGGCAGCUUCUCGGGCACUUUUUAAAGGGGUCAGUGUGCAGGACAUUUGUACAGCGGCGUCAUGGAGUUCCCCAUGCGCCUUUGUGCGUUUCUAUCUGCUGGAUGCAUCGACACCGUCGGUGGCGCAUGCAGUCCUGAGCUCAGCGUCCAAUCGGACUGGAACUCUUGCUGCUCGCCUGGACUGCUACUAUAGAAUAGAUGAUCUGCCUGGUCCUGGGGAGGGGCCUCACCAUGGAGCCUCCCAGCAGUCCAGCAGAGACACGCGGCGCACCUGUAUUCUGGUGGAACAGGACCGCUCUCUUGAUUGGGGUCAAGCCUCAGGCAGUCUGCCAGGAUCACAGACCCCCCACCAGGACGGGGGGGAGGGGGGCUCUGAUCCCACCGUCUCGAGCUCUGAGGGUGGGGACAUCACAGGGAGCGACGCGGCUCCACGCGGGCUCUCCACGCGGGCUCUGCAUGCGUCCUGCCGCAGAUGCGGCCCUGUUGCACCAGAUGUGAGAGGCUGCCAUGACAGAUGGAAGGCAAUUUGCGAUUAA